UUGAAAUCAGAUAUGUGGAGACAAACAGAAAUGUUAUAAUUUCUCUGAGAGUUGGCCAUGAGGAGGAUGCCAGGAUGAAAUGGAAAUACCUCAUGGCCCAGAUUGGCCGAAUAGAAAGACCUUUUAAAAUCACCUUGCUGUAUUCAAACUGUGGAGCACAAGAGGCUGGAGUACUGGCAGUGGGCUCCUUGCAACUCAGGAACUGCUUUCAUGAUAAAGAAAACCAAGAUCUUUCCGUAUAUGACAAAGGCUCCACCUUCCCCUGCCUUCAUGGAGGCUGUGUCAGCCACUUACAAAUCUGUGAAUUCAUCAGUGAUUGCCCUGCCAAAGAACAGGAAGGAGUGAGGUGUGACAGUCUCCCAGAGGGCUCACAUUGCUCUUUUGAAGAGGGUCCAUGUGGCUGGACACUGAAUGAAACUGCAGCAUCUCCUUGGUCUAUUCGGGGCUUUAAUGAAAUGAUUCAAGAUGAUUCAUUUGUAGGAUCUACCUUGCAAGCCACUGGAGGACACUUCCUCUACCUGCGAGCAGACAGCAAUCAAACAAGCGGUAUGGCCAAGGCUUACAGUACCAGCUUGCCAGCCAGUAUUGCCACUGAAGACUACCAGAUCCAAUUCUCAGUGCAUGUUUUUGGCAGCUACAAUGGUACUGUCUCCUUCUCUGUCAGGGAAGAGGUAAAGGGAGCUCCAGUCACCUUACCAAUGUGGGAAAGAGCAGGGAGCUGGGGUGAUCACUGGUUUCUCAUCACCUUACCAAUGCCAGUGCUUCAGAACCGGUUUCAACUGCAACUCCUGGCAACCUGGGGCUGGAAUUCCCAAGCUGACAUUGCUAUCGACAAUAUUACAUUUGGACUGGACUGCUUCACUGACGGAAGACAACCAAAUCAUUUUGGUGGGAAGCGCCAGUAUCCACGGGAGAUUAAUAUCCUGGAUGAGCAUCUUCUGAACCCCCUGGAAGAGCCCUCCCUCCCAGGGGACACAUCUGUUGUUCUCUGGUGGUUCACUACAUGUGGUGCCAGUGGUCCCCAUGGGCCAACUCAAGCUCAGUGCGACAGUGCCUAUAAGAACAGCAACGUGUCAGUGACCGUGGAGAAAGAAGGCAGGCUCCGAGGAGUGCAGGUUUGGAGAGUGCCAGCCACAAACAGAUACAGGAUUUCUGCCUAUGGAGCAGCUGGAGGGAAGGGAGCCAAAAACCACAAUAAGAGGUCCCAUGGUGUCUUCAUCUCGGCCACCUUCCAGCUGGAGAAAGAUGAGCUGCUGUACAUCUUAGUGGGGCAGCAGGGGGAGGAUGCCUGCCCUGGGGGCAAUCCUGAAACCCAGAAGAUCUGCUUAGGGGAGUCAUCUCUCAUUGAAGAAGAUUACAAAAAAAAACGGGACCUGAAGGACUGGGCUGGAGGAGGUGGGGGUGGGGGAGGAGCAACCUACAUCUUUAGACAGAAGGAUGGGAUUUUCGAACCUUUGCUCAUCGCAGCAGGAGGAGGAGGAAAAGCCUACCUGAAGGCUCAGGACAGCUCCCUGGAUGACCUACCCCUGGAACAAUUUGAGAACAGCACUGCAGUGCCUGGAGUCAGUGGGAGAACUGGGGCAGCAGGUGGAGGUGGUGGCUGGCAAGAUGAGACUCUGCUUCCUCAGGCUGGGAAGUCCCUUCUGGAAGGUGGAGAAGGGGGUCAAGCUUGUCCGCAAGCACUAACCAAGCUCCAGUGGGCCACCUCUGGUGGCUUUGGUGGAGGAGGAGGAGCUUGUUCUUCUGGUGGAGGAGGUGGAGGCUACAGAGGGGGGCAUGCCUCUGAUAAUGAUGAUAUCACAGCUGGUGGGCAGGAUGGCAUCUCUUUUGUGAACCCCAUUGGAGAGAUCUUCUUGCAUCCCCUGGCAGCCAUGGAGAGUCACGGUGAGGUGGAGGUUCAGGUCUAUCUUAACUGCAGCCACUGCCACUCAGACAACUGUAAGAGGGACCCUGACACCAACCUGCCAGUCUGCCAAUGUGAAAUAGGGUCUGUGCUAGCCAACGACAACGUCACCUGCACUGGUAAUCAUAUCGCAGAGGGACACCUUCCUCUCCCACUCCUCCUAGCUGUGGUGGCUGUGAUUGUGGUGCUUGGAAUGAUCCUCACUUGUGGCAGUCUAUCCAUCAUUUAUCACCUUAAGAAGCAGCAGCUGGAAGGAGCCAGAGCACGACUGCAGAGCCCAGAAUAUAAACUGAGCAAAAUCCGCACAUCAGCCAUCAUGACAGAUUACAACCCGAAUUACUGCUUCGCAGGGAAGGCCGCCACUUUGAGCGAGCUGAAGGAGAUCCCACGGAAGAACAUCUCUCUGCUUCGGGCACUAGGACAUGGUGCAUUUGGUGAGGUUUAUGAGGGAACUGUGGUAGGCAUUGCAGGAGAUCCCAACCCUCUUCAAGUGGCUAUCAAGACCCUACCAGAAGUCUGCUCUGAGCAGGACGAGAUGGAUUUCCUGAUGGAAGCACUGAUUAUCAGUAAGUUCAAUCACCAAAAUAUUGUGCAGUGCAUCGGUGUUAGCCUACAGACACUGCCUCGCUUCAUUCUGCUUGAGCUCAUGGCUGGAGGAGAUAUGAAGAGCUUUCUUCGGCAGAAUCGACCCAGGAUGAAUCAGCCAUCCACGCUAUCAAUUCUGCUGAACAUAGCUAGAGAUAUUGCCUGCGGCUGUAAAUAUCUGGAAGAGAAUCACUUCAUCCACAGAGAUAUAGCUGCAAGGAAUUGCCUCUUGACUUGCACUGGAGCAGGACGAAUAGCCAAGAUUGGUGACUUUGGGAUGGCCAGGGAUAUUUAUAGAGCAAGUUACUACCGCAAGGGAGGAAGAGCCAUGCUUCCUGUCAAGUGGAUGCCACCAGAAGCUUUUCUAGAGGGCAUUUUCACCUCUAAGACUGAUACCUGGUCCUUUGGUGUGCUUCUUUGGGAAAUUUUCUCUCUAGGCUACAUGCCCUACCCUUGCAAAACCAAUCAGGAAGUGCUGGAAUUUGUCACCAGUGGAGGAAGAAUGGAUCCACCAAAAAACUGUCCAGGACCAGUGUACCGGAUCAUGACACAGUGCUGGCAGCACAGCCCAGAGUAUCGGCCAAACUUCUCCACCAUCCUGGAAAGAAUCAAGUAUUGCACACAGGACCCUGAUGUGAUCAACACUGAGCUGCCCAUGGAGUGUGGCCCAGCACCAGAAGAUGAGGGGAAUACAGUUGUGCGCCCAAACAUUUCCAGUGGGAUAGUGCCCCUGUUGGUAAGCCCUUCUCUCACACCUCAGACGAUGCCUAAAACACUGGACCCUCACCACACUGGACACAAACUUGUACAAUGUCCACAAGAGCUACUGGUGGAGAACCUGAGCAACUGGACUGCUCAGGGGCCCAGCCUGCCAUGCCUCAGCGAUUUCAACAGCGGGCCGUGGUUCCAGCAGACCUUGAACCAGAAGUUGGAGCUCAGCAAUCCACCAGUCCACAGACUUAAAAACAAAACAAAAAAUCUUUGGAACCCAACCUAUGGAUCAUGGGUGCUGGAGAACAUCUGUCAAUUCAGCCCCAGCUCCAAGCUCAAAGCAACUCCAGAGCGGGAAGAUUCGGGCUUUGAUGGGAAUUGCAGUUCUCCUAGCUCUCGGGCAUCUCCAGCAUCUCCAAGUCGAAGCAACUGCCCUCACCUGGAUAUCGGUGGGAUUGAACUUGUGAAACUCCAGACUUUCCCCUGUGGCAAUGUAAAUUAUGCUUAUGAUGACCUGUGCUAUAGCACUGACCACCAGCCAUCAGCUUUGGCAGAGGUCAGAGCAGCUGUGCUAAGGAGCUCCAGUCUGCAUAGAGAUGAAAAGCCUUUUUAUAAAACAGAGAAAACAUCAAGAGAGAGGGACUCUGGUCUGUCUUUGUCAGAUGACCUGAGUGUUACUCCAGUAUAA